CUUGACAGCAAUGAGUAAUUCAGCGAUUUUAACUAACAGCAAAAUGCCACACAUCUAUUUAUUGAUACAUCCCAAGCAUGAAGUCAUCUCACGCGUUUAUUGCACUUAUGACAGCAUUGAUAAAUGCCUGGAGGCCAUUUGCAAUAUCUAUGAGGAGCAUUUGAAGCGUGUGACACCAACGAUGCCCACUGUAACUUAUGACAUAAUGCAGUUGUUUGAUUUCUUGGAUUCAUUUGUGGAUAUUUGCUGUCUGGUGCAGCAAAGCGGCAGCAAAACAUAUGCGCCGUACAGUAAAGAUUGGCUAAAGGAUAAGAUAUAUGAAAAGUUUCAAAAGACAGCAAUGCAGACAAUGGAAAAGCAGCCACUUGAAGUUGAUGAGCAGCUGAGCGCUUGA